UUUCUUUCUCCCAAAAGGUAUCUUCUUCUUCUCUUCUACUACCUGUGCACAAAUCAGAUUUCCUUCAUCUUCUUUUGGCAUAUGUGUAAAUCUUGCUACUUUUUUUUUUUACAAAAAGGUGUGAUUUUCAAUUGUUUCAAAUUUUUAAAAGGCUCACUGCCCUGUUUUCGGUUCAUCUCGAGGUUGUAUAAGGUAUUUUUUUGGUUUUUUUUUACUUGUGUUCAUAUCUCUUUACAGAAGAAUAUUUUUUGGAGUAAAUCUGUUACAAAUAGAAGUAUAUUGGUGCUCAUAGCAGUAGUUUAUGUUGCUUAACUGCUUUUUUUUAUCUGUUGUUCAUCUAUUUUUUGUCAUUUACUUUGCUACUAUUUUUAUUUAAGUGAAUCUACUUUAGUAUUUAUAAGGAUAUAUAUAUAUAUAUAUUAAAGGAACCACUUCAUUACACAAAGGAACUCUCCAAUCCGACGAUGAGCAUAAAUUUUAAUAAAUUUUUUUAGCUUCUCUAACUUAUAAAGCUCUUCUUUUACUACUUUUCAUGAAUGUCAUAUAUAUAUAUAUAUAUAAUGAUUUAGGAGAUAAAAAGAGUAGUACUACUAUAUAUAUGUAUGUAUGUGUUUGCCUUGCACCUCAGACUUAUUUUUAGUUGAAAUAGAGUUUCUGUUUUUCUUUUUUUGUAAAGAAGAUGGGUUGGUCUUUUAGUUUUAGUUGAAUUAUAUGCUUAUAUCUUCACUAGUUUUAGCCUUAUUGCAAUAAUAAGUCCCAAAUAGAUAUAUAUAUAUAUAUGUUGUCAUUUAACUAUUAUGAUAUAAUUUUACAAUAAUAAUUUGGCGGUGAUGAAACUAUUAAGCUUAUGAAAUUUUACUUUGACAUUAUGCUUGUAGGAAAUUUAUUUCAAAAUGGCUCAUCUAAAUAUAGCGAAACAUCAAAAUGUGAGAAAGAAGGAAUUGAAUGCUGCCUUUAUGCAUUGGUUGAAUAUUAUGAAUGUAGUACAAUGGUUUUUUAAGUUAAUAACAAAUAUCUUAAGGGGAAUGGUCGAAUCAAAUAAUUUACAAUAAAAUAUAUAUGUAUUGAAUGUCUUUAUAAAUAGCAAAUUGUCCAUCGUUUGGUGUAUGAAAGUGAUGUUACUUCCCUAGAUCAACUUAGAAUGACUAGGAAUGUGUUUACUUGUUUAUGCACAAUGCUUGAGAAUGUAGGAGGAUUACAACCAUCUAAAUAUUUGGUAGUGGGUGAACAAGUUGCAAUGUUUUUACACAUAACAGAUCAUCAUUGCAAAAAUAGAGUUCUUAAAUUUAGAUUCAUGAGAUCUAGAGAGACAGUUAGUAGAUAUUUUCACAAUGUUUUGCAUGCUGUCAUACGUCUACACAAAGAGUUAUUAGUAAAGCCUGAGCCGAUUCCUGAGAAUUCUACUGAUGAGAGAUGGAAAUGGUUUAAGGUAAUAUAUAUGAAACUUUGAGUUGCAAAUAAAUAAAUCAUGACAUACAGUAGGUAUCUAAUCAAUUAUUUUGUUUUUUUUUCUUAUGGUAGAACUGUUUAGGGGCAUUAGAUGGAAUCUAUAUUAGGGUGAGAGUUCCAGUAGCAGAUAGACCUAAAUAUCGUAAUCGAAAGCAUGAGAUUGCUACUAAUGUUCUGGGAGUUUGUUCUCAAGACAUGUAAUUUAUAUAUGUUUUACCUGGGUGGGAAGGCUCAGCAGCUGAUGGUAGAGUACUUCGUGAUGCUUUACUUAGAAAUCAUUGUUUGCAUGCUCCAAAUGGUAUGAUUAAUUAAUUGUUCAUAUGAUGUAGUAUAAGCAUUAUUCACCACAACUUCAAUUAGAAGUAAUUUUUAUAAUAUUUCAUAAUUAUAUAGGUAAUUAUUAUCUUGUGGAUGCUGGUUAUGCAAAUUGCAAGGGGUUUCUUGUUCUUUUUUGUGGACAAUGGUACCAUCUAAGUCAAUGGAAGGAGGGUCGUCAACCGAAUAAUCCAAAAGAAUUUUUUAAUAUGAAGCAUUCCGCGGCAAGAAAUGUGAUUGAAAAAUGCUUUGGUGUCUUGAAAAAUCGUUGGGCAAUCCUUAGAAGUCCUUCAUUUUAUCCCAUAAAGAUUCAAACUCAAAUCAUUAUGGCAUGUUGUUUGUUACAUAAUUUUAUUAGUAAUGAAAUUCCCAAUGACCCUUUCGAUAUAUUAUCACAAGAGUCACGACCAAAUGAUCAAGUUACUCUUGAUGAUGAUAACGAUGGAAUUACUAGAAUUGAACCUUCUGAUGAAUUGAGUGCUUGGAGAAUGAGUUUAGCAGAAGAAAUGUAUAAUGAGUGGAGGCAACGUAGGCAUGCAAAUUAGGAUGUACUAUGACAUUGUGUGUUUGGUUAUUUAUUUAUUUUAUAUAAAAUUGUAAUCGUGCAUUAUGGCAAUUGGAUAAUAUGUUGGUAAACUUGUUCUUGUUUUAAAAAAUAAUACUUGUGAUUGUGUUUAUAAUAUUAUUCCAAUGUUAUUAUUGUAUAGAUUGUUGUUAUUAUUAGAUGGAUUCUUCAAGAGGUAAAGGUUCAGGACAAAACAAGAGAUUUUGGACUGACGAUGAAGAUACCAAAUUGAUUGAAUCACUUUUAGAAAUGCACAAUGAAGGAACAUUCAAAGCUAAAGGGAAUUUCAAACCAGGACACUUGAGAGCUCUUGAAUAGGCAUUAGCAACUAAAUUACCUGGACGUGACAUACAAGCCAAACCACAUAUUGAGUCACGCAUGAAAACUUUAUAGACACAUUUUCAAGUUGUUCACGAGAUGUUAACUGGACCAAAUUGCAGUGGGUUUGGUUGGGAUCCAGACAAGAAGAUGGUGACAGCAGGAAAACCAGUGUGGGAUGCAUAUUUACAGCCAUAAAGAGGCAGCACCAUUCAAGAAUAAGAUGUUUCCUUAUUAUGAAGAUUUGUGCACAAUUUUUGGGAGAGAUCGUGCUACUGGAAAACAUGCUGAGGCUCCAGCUGAUGUAGAAGAAAAUGAGAAAGAAGAUAAUGUUAAUGUGGAUGAGGAUAACUUCAACUUUUUUGAUACCAUGGGCGAUACAUAUGUUGAAAAUGGAGAGUCUAUGUCAUUUUCACAAGUGCAAAAUGGACCAAGAGCACCCCCAACCCAAUCAUAUGGCUCAUUAAAGAGAAAACGAAAGAGUGAAAGUUAUGGAGAUAUUGCUGAGGCAAUUAAGGAUGCUUCACAAUUCACUGGAGAAAAAAUAGAAAUGUCAUAUGUUCGACUAAGUCAUGCAAUUGGUGAGGAAAUGAACGACAAAAAUAUGCGACUCAAUGAAGAGAUAAACCACAUUGCUUUCUAUGGUGGACCGUCAUAGAGCUGCACGUAUGAUCUUAAGUGAUAAUGCUCUUGUUUCAUUCUUCUUUAGUCUUCCUGAUGAAGAGAAAGAUCAUUUGGUUAGAGCUUUGCUGGUUGGAGCUAUCUAAAAUGUGUCUGCUUAUAAUUUUUGGAAUUUUUUUGAAGGUCAUACUGAUUGGAGUUAUCUAAUUAGUAUCUACUGAUAACUUUUUGAGACCUUUUGCAUGGCAUUACCACUACACACACUUUUUAAUGUUAUCAUCACAUGGCAAUGAUCUAGUUAUGUAAUGUGUUCCAGACUUUGGACAAAAUUAUAUA